CGUUUACUUGCCUUCUUUCUACUUUUAAACUUAAAGAGUGCAUGUCUUCGUCGCACGUCAUUUCCGAUCAGGUUUUUGGUUCUAGUCGACGCGUUCGUUUCAUUGGCAUGUCGCCUAUGGAUAGUUUAUUAUCAGCCAUUGAUAAAGCCCAUCAUAAUCAUCAUCAACAACCACCACCGACUCCUCCCAUGUUGCCAUCUCUAUCGUCGUAUUUGUCGUCCAACAACAACUCUGACCGACCACAACAAAAAUCUCCUACCAUGUCAAUACAGUCUAUCUUAGACUCUCCUCAACAGCAAGAAGCAGCUGCCGCCGCCGCUGGUUUGACAAAGACCGAGGCCAAUGUCGCCUCUUUGCUCGCCAACCACCCCAAUAACUAUUUGCCUCCUUCUCCCCACAUGGAAACAGUGGGUAUGAAGCGACGACAAUGGUCCGAUGCGCCUUUUGAAUCACAAGAUGACCGAGCUGCCAAAAUCCGACGUUGUAUUCGUGAACAAAUUGCUGGUCAACAUGCAAAGUAUCCUAUCUGUGAUGCGCCUCCUUCUCCUCCUCAUACCGCCAGUGUUUCCAAUAACCGCAUGACCACUAUUACUUGUUUGCAUGCUGCGGUUGCUCAAAAAUCCUAUGGCAGCGAGAAGCGCUUCUUGUGUCCUCCUCCUGUGGUGUCUAUCCAAUCACCCGCCAACGCACAGACCGACAAGACCAUGGAACGUCCCUCCGUAGCCAUGUCUGUCAUUUGCUCAGAAAUUGGUCCAGAUCGUACGGUCGGCCAAAGAGCCAUUUUGGAUGAAACCAUGACUGGUAGCUUCAAGUAUCUUCAUGUUACUGGAACAGCCAAAGCCAAACAGUUUCAACUCCGCGUCAAUGUCAGCCAUGCUCGCCACGCAAAUGAGCCCUAUGCCACCUUUGAUACCAACCCUAUCAACAUCAUCUCUAAGCCGUCAAAGAAAACUGCCAAGGCUCGCAAUGUAUCCAGCUGCAUUCUUUCCAACUCUCCUGUAUCUCUUUUCAACCGCAUCAAUUCUCAAACCGUUCGCACCAAAUACAUGACGGUUGAACGAUCUCAAUUAUGCGCUAAGAAUUCCACUUGGUCUGCCUUUUCCAUCACUGUGGUUCGCUUGGCAGGUGCCAGCAACGGCCGUAUGCCUUCCAAUGUCCCUGUUUCUUACGGCGCAGAAAUCAUUCUCACCGAUUUGGAAACGGGUGUGUCCUCAGAGCCUUUGAUCAUUCGCAAGGUUGAGAAGGGUCGCAUUGCUCAGCAAGCCGGUGGCCCAGUUAGCCAAAUGCAAAAGGUCGCUCUUCAACGUGUAUCCUCCAUCAACAGUGGCACACCAUCCUAUUUGUCUGCUGCUGGUGCUUUCACUGAUGCUGUCGUUGAUCAAUCCACCAAUAAUGCCAACGCAUUUUUGGGAUACGAGAACUCUCGUGUUAUUGUCAAUGAAGCCACCGCAUCAGAAGGCUCUGCUGCUGUUACUGUCGAAGAAGUCGAUGACUAUCUUUGCUGGACUAUUGUUGGCAUUGCCAAAUUCCAGUACUCUUACUUUGAAAGCCUUGCUCCCAAGCAAGACGAGCCACAAUGCAAAAUCACCCCAUUCCCAACCUUGACUACCGCAGUCUAUAAGCCAGGGUCGCACUCAUUGGAUCUCUGGACGAAAGAUGUCGCUGAAGGAACAGAAAUUUGGCUUGGUCCUCAUGGCCCUCUCCAUGCUCGCCGACUACAAAGUGCAGGUGUACAAGAACAAUACACUGUAGAAUUACCCUCCACUCAAGAUGUCAUUGUCACAAACCAUGACCUUCUCACCCCUGAUACUCACGGUAGCCGAAGCCUUGAACUUCCCAUUCUCUUUGUUCGUGCUGAUGGCGUUGUCUAUCAUUCGGGUCGAGCCGUUCGUUGUCGAGUUGAAGAAAAUGGAGAUGCUGGUCGAUGGUGCUUGACCGAAGCAUAAAGCCAAUGCUAUAUAUUUUUGUUUUCCCUUUCACUGCAUAUCAUAUUUUACGUUUGUAUAUUUCCCACCCCUUGAUCUCCAUCCUUCAUAUCAACCACCUCUCCACACUUUUUACUCCUUUUACCCCCCAAAAAAUUCACUGUGUUAAUCCUAGUCUGGUUACUUGCUUUUAGACAAAAAAAUUUUAUAUUCCACUUUGUAAAUAUCCCCUCCCCGUAUUACAAUUUUUUGUUUGCAUUAUGCCAAAAAUUAUAUAAAAUCCAAAAAAUCCUAAAUUUUCAAAGAUAUGCGUCAUAUUGAACCGAGAAAAAACCCCGUUCACGGUAACAUCCGUUCUACAAGAUGUCUUGUGCCCAC